AUGCUUCUUUCUAGCCUCCUUGUGGGCAUAGGGCUUUUCGCCAACGUGGAGGGAGCUCUCACUCGCGUCACCGACUUUGGCACCAACCCGGCUGGUAUCGAGAUGUAUAUCGAUGCCUCUGGUGCCGCUUCUCGUGGAGCCCCAAUCAUUGUAGGACUUCACGGAUGUCACGGCACAGCCCAAGGCUAUUAUCAGGACGGUAACAUGGCGACCCUAGCCAAGCAAAGGGGUGCUAUUCUGAUUUAUCCUUCUUCCACUCAUGAUUUACUAUGUUGGGACUGUGGCACAAGUGCGAGUCUCACUCGUUAUGGAGGAGGUGACCCGACAAGCAUUGUUCAAAUGGUCGACUACGCUAUCGGUAAAUAUAAUGCUGAUGCCGAUCGUGUAUUCAUCGUCGGUACCUCAUCAGGCGCCAUGAUGGGAAAUGUUCUCUCUGCUAUUUACCCUGACGUUUUUAGCGCGGCCGUUGUCUAUUCAGGUACUGCUGCUGGAUGCAUGGCUGUCCCGCCUGGAACUCCCCCAAACCCAUAUGAUCCCUGUGGGCUGGGACGUAUCACUAAGACCCCUCAGCAGUGGGGCAAUAUUGUUCGAGGUUACUACCCUGGAUAUACUGGCGCGUAUCCACGCAUGCAGAUCUGGCAUGGCACGGCCGACACUACUGUUGUAUAUCACAACUUCGACGAGGAACUGAAGGAGUGGUCCAACGUGCUUGGAGUUUCGUUCGGAAGGAAUUCGACAAACAACCCACAGUCUGGUUAUACAGAGAUGAUUUACGGCACAGGAGAUACUCUUGUCGGGUACAGCGCACGUGGCGUAGGCCAUGUUGUUCCCCAACAUCCCACACAAGCUUUGAGCUGGUUUGGUCUUUGA